AUGCCAGGACCAUCAAACAGCAACCAGGCGCAGGAAGGCCAUUCUGCCGGCGACCAACCUUUAUAUCCUCCACUACCAUCUGUUGAGUCGGAUGAGUCGGAUAAUGAGGAAAUGUCUUCCAGGAAAAUGACACCUACAGAAAAGCUCAAGAUAAUAGAAGCAAUUCUAAGCGCACCGGACGACGCCAAAAAAAUAGAGGAGUCCAUCGAGAAUGCUCUGCCUUCAGAUGUGACCUUGAAUUUCAGGCAAAUCCAAGCAGCUAUCCACUCGGACAGGUUCCCGGACCCUGUGGAGAAAGACAAAGCGACCAAAGCAUUUCAAAAACUUGGAUUUCUCAGAGAUAACGUGGGGGCAAAAUCCAGCAAAGUGGACAAAAACAACGCUUUUAACUUCGGAAACGAUCCAGAUCGCCCACAGCCUCAUGUCGAAGGGGAGGUCUCCCCGUACCAUGAGGAAUCCCAUCAUAGAGCAACUCCUCAUAUGCAAGUACUCCUCCAGGCUCUGGUGGACAACCCUUUGCUUCAACCUCGCCAAGCCCCAACAUCGGCGGUCAGAGAUGCCGUAUCCGCGCUGGAUAAAAUCAACAGCGUCCUCAGGGAAGAAAAUGCAAAACACGGUCAGGAUUCCGACUUGGGCAUCAUCCGUUAUAGCGAUUUGCUUGCAAAGUGGCGACCAAUCCUUCUGUUAGAAGAUGAUGAUACAAAGAAAAUGUUGCAUGAGUCAUUAUUGGCGUAUUGCAAGCAAAUGCACUAUCCUUUAACAUGGGCUAAUCAACCACCGUCCAGCGAUCUAUCCAGAGGUCAAAGAGGAAAAGUGCCAGAAUCGCAAAGCACUUCAAAUGAUGUUGCAGAUACCGCACAAGACAAGGACGCAAAUUCUCAAGUGCGAAAACCAGCAUUGGAUCCAACUUACAGUGGUGCAAAUGCCGCUGCAGCUAUAGUCCCACGAGGAUCAACCCCGCAACAAACAUUCAAUAUGCAAGUAACCUCCGGGACAACGAUCCCGCAAGCAGGGUCGCCGUACAAUGACAUAGCACUUCAAGCAGGGAGUGGCCAGAAACGGGUGGUAGCCCUCAGGCCACGUAAAGUACAAAGAGCCAUACAGCCGGGCUUCACAACGUCAGGGGAGAAGAUUUUGUUCAUCCAACCCCUCGGACUGAAUGCGCGAUUUGUUGUCACUGAUAGCGAAGGGAAAAUACGACUUGUCCCAGGCAGUCAGCCCACUAUAGACCUAGCAAAAAGUGCUGGAGUCCGACAUACGCUUCAGGAUCCAGUGGAAAUCCAGAAGCUCCGUGCCCGAGUUCGUUGCGGGGGAGAAUACGGGUUGGAAUUUGUAGCUAUUGGGGAGUGGGACAUAACGAGUAAUAGGCUUCCCUUUAUCGUUGUUGGCUUUUACCACCAAAAUGAGAGUGGGAGGUGUGAGGAAGGUAUCUCUCGUUCUGCUCUUGCGAAAAUAUUGGGAACACGCGAAGGAGAGAAGCUGGUCGUUGAGAGCAUCGUUGGCAAUACCGACAUGUCUUUGAAAGAAGCUCUGAAGUCUCAGAUAUCACCAGGGACUCAGGAGAACUCAUCUAACAACGCGCCUCGGCUUCUUCCAUAUCGUGAGCAAACUCAGCCGUGGUGGUGCCAACCUACCCCGCAACACUAUGGGUCGAAUGUCGAUUUCAAUGCGGAUCCUACCCAGCGGCCGUACCCGAGCCACUUUCAACAAGUUGUUCCUGAGCAGUUUCAACAAUUCGCUCCCAGGCAGCAUUUACAACAGGUUAUCCCUCAGCAGCAUCAACAGCCAUUCCCUUACCAGUACCAAGCUGGGCCAUUUGCCAUGCCACCUCAUCCAAUUCUCGAUCCCUCGAUGAUGAAAAGCGGAAACUCCCCGGCUGCGAGUUUGAUGGAGGUGGACGAAGUUUGA